AUGAAUUCAGAUGACUAUAUGAAAAUAAAUGAUGAUUAUUAUAGAAAUCAAUUCGAUACAUUAAUUUAUGUAUAUCUAAAUUAUACAUAAUUAAUUGUUUAAUUUUCAAAAUUUACUCUUCGUAAAAUGUCUCAAAAAGCGUAUCAAAGUAUCAUGGAUGCCAACAUUUCAGCUACUUAAUUGCUACAAGAAGAAAAGUACAAUUAAGGGUAUUAAAUAUUGAGGAGAAUUGAAACUACUUUGAAACAAGAAAAGGAAGCUCCUACUAUUCCAUUAUCAUAAAUUAAUCAUCUUCUCUCUGUGGUAACCAACAACAUUGGUUGUUUUUAUUAUAUUAACAGGGUUGACAAAUUUCAAGCAGCUGAGAAAUAUCUCAAAUAAUCGAUCGAAUACUUACAAUUAUCCAUUCCAGAUGAAACCUUGCUUAUCACUUUAAUUAACUUAGUUAUUCUCUUUAUCAAAAAUGAAAAAUAUUAAGAAGCUAGCAGAUACAUUGAAUAAAGCUUUACUGAAUUGAAUUAAUUGCAAGAUCAAUAACUCAACCCCAAAAUUAGGUUAUUCUUGGGAGAUCAUUCCUCCAUUAUGACCUUGCAAUCAUUGGAAGCCAUCUUACUCUUUUAUAGUGGAUUGACAUUUUAUGAAUUAGGAUAAUCUAGCAAUGCUCUCUAAGCUUGGAAAAAAGUGCUUGACAUUUUACAAACAAACACCAAAUCCCCUUAUUACAUUUUGACCAAAUCAAAAAUUCAAAAUUUAGAAGCUGAAAAUGUAUCCAAGAAUAAUAAAGGAAAUCUAUAUUCCAGUAGGUCACAUCUUAAGUCAGAUAGAAUCAAUAAGAUCUUAGAGUAGUAUUCGAAAGAUAAUGAAAAGUAAAAUUAACAAAGUUUUCGUCUAUUGAGUUAGAAAAUCAAGAAAAAAAUAGGUAAUGACAUUGGUGAUUAUCAAUAACCAAAAUGGUAGAAUAAAAUUGAGCACAAUGAAAAGAAAAUUGAAAUCAAUAAUUACUUUAGUGAUUAAAAGAAAAUACAAUUGCAAAUUAAUGUCAAAGACCUUUUGCAUCAGAAAUCAAUUACUUAGAGAGAUAAAGCUAGAGACUUACCUCUCAGUUCACAUUCUUCCAGUGUCAAUUAAUAACUAAACAAAGCAUUAAAAAAGAGACCCACGCAACAUAUUGAAAUUAUUGAAAAGUUGAACAAAACACACAAUGAAAUUUAUAAAAGCUAUUUGGCCCAAAGAAGCAAUAACGGAAGUAAAACCUAACGUGGAGAUUCAAAUAUUGACAUCAGAAUCAAAGUAAAUGAUAAAAGUAAUCAUUCUUAGAAUACCAUUCUACAUAACAAAAGUCAUGAUAAAAAGUCUGUUGAUCUUAGAGAAUCACCCGAAUUAUGUGGAAGUCCUUAAUAAUUUUUUAAUAUGCUAUAAUCAACCUAAAGUGUAAUCAAAAGCCAAUUAAUGAGAUCAGGCAGUUAAGGAAGCGUUUCAUAAACAUCUCCCUUUAGACUAGCAUAAAGCUAGGGAGAAUAACCCAAAAAUACAAAUAAACUACCUUAUGAUUAUGCCAAAACUCAUAGACCUAUGGUUGAUACUUAUGAUAAAGCCAUUAAAGAAUUAUAUUAGAAUUAAUAUAUCCAAAUUGAACAUAAAAAAUUCAAUCGAAUAUAUGAUUUGGCUUAAAGUGUUAAAAAUAGAAUAUCGACUAUUAAUUCAAUGCUAAUUCAAUAAGAAAAAAAUUAAUAAAUCCUUUAAAAACAAUUUCAAUAAGAGUUCAAUUAAUCAUAAGAUGAAGACAGUUGUGAGACUAUCAUAAGCAUGGACUGA